CACUAGUCUGGAUGAUCGAUGACACUACCUCCUGUUAUGACGAUGGCGAGUGCAAGCUACGCAGCGCAAGUACACGAACCAAUGGCCAUGGAGACUAUACAGAGGCAGCCCGUGCCUCUUGGCAAAGUGUUUAUCCAGCGAGAUUACUCUGAUGGUAUGCUUGUCAAGUUUCAGGCUAAACUUCCUCUGGAUUUGAAUGACAGGGUAGAUCAAAAAACAUUCGAGACUACAAUCAACCGUCUGAAUGAAAUCUACAGCGAUGCAGAGACACUCAAAGCAAGAGUAUUCUGUGAAGGAUGUUUAAUAUGCCUGACAGGGUACCUUGCACUCUUAUGCGUCAAAACACAUUAUGAAAAGCAAGUGAAGGAGGCAGCUAGAUAUCUUCAAACUCAGAAUGAAGAGGUCUACGCACCUCGAGGACUCAUGAUGGUUGACCCCUUUGAAAGAGGACUCCGAGUGAUCGAGGUUGUGAUUCUACCACUAGAAAGAGGUUGACGUUGGCUAAUAAGAGACAAAAAGAUCAUGUUGAUUGGUAACCUCAAUUUCAGCGGAAGGCGCUCUUCAUGUGCAGCAUUUAUUAAUGCUCUGAGCUUUUUCAAGUAAUGUUGGAAUCAUUAAGAAUCGUGUUGAAAUAACGGCUCAAGAGAAAAAUACUGCUUGUCAAAUAAAUGCCUUGCAGAAGUCAGGACAGACCGUGAAGAAUACAACGUUUUGGUUUGCAGCUAGCUUCCAUCAAACUGUGCUGAUUAGUGUUGUGUCUUAUGUUCAAGAAAUCUGCCUACGUUGAGCGCCCUCCAGUGCUGUCUUAAAAUCGCAAUUCCUCAAUUUGUAAAAAGUGUAGAGAAUUAUAACAAGUGAUGGUGAUUUCAUUUUUGGAAACAACUUGUAAAUAAUGGAAUUGGUCAUUAUUUUUGUGAUCUGUGUCAGGAAUGGUUCUCAUAAGAAUAGCUCAUUUGCAGUUGUUUGUUUUGAAUUUAAGUUUUGUACGCAACUUUAGCUUGAAAAACAUGGCCAUUUCUGUCUUGUCAUAAACACCCAGAAUAUUUUGCGUGAACAUUCAAUGUGUUAUAUAUUGCGUCAUCUAGUUUACAAAUUUCAUCACUAAUGCAGCUUUUAUAAAUGAAUCAGUGGUAUCAAUAUCUACUAUAUAGAGUCCCAAGCU